AGAGGUAUCAUAAACCUUUCUACAAGAACAUAGCACUAUUACAUUGCAACACUUUCUACAAAACAAGAUGAAGAUUGCAAAGUUUUCUGUUCCACUCUUGAUUUUAUUUAUUUUCCCCGUGGCAUUAGCGCAGCUAAAAUUCGGGUUUUACAAAGAAUCGUGCCCUAAUGCAGAGACAAUCGUACAAAACCUGGUCCGCCAGCGUUUUGCUAGUGAUCCUUCAAUCACUGCCGCCUUGACUCGGAUGCAUUUUCAUGACUGUUUUGUCCAGACCCAACGACGUCUCAAUCAUCGGAAAAAAACCGCUGGCCCAAACGGUAGCGUGAGAGGGUUCGAGCUGAUCGACGAGAUCAAGACAGCACUCGAAGCUCAAUGUCCCUCCAAGGUCUCGUGCUCCGACAUAGUCACGCUCGCCACACGUGACUCCGUGUUCUUAGGCGGAGGGCCCAACUACACGGUCCCCACCGGACGUCGUGAUGGCUUUGUGUCGAACCCUGAAGACGCCAAUAGGAUCCUCCCUCCACCAUUCAUCUCUGUCGAAGGUCUGUUAAGUUUUUUCGGCAACAAAGGAAUGAAUGUUUUUGAUGCCGUAGCUCUUUUGGGGGCGCACACGGUUGGGGUCGCUUCUUGUGGUAAUUUUAUUGACCGGGCCACCAACUUUCAAGGAACCGGACUACCCGACCCAUCCAUGGACCCCUUUUUGGCUGGCAGGCUAAGGGACACAUGUGCGGUUCCAGGCGGCUUCGCGGCACUGGACCAGUCGAUGCCAGUAACGCCGGUCUCAUUCGACAACUUGUUCUUUGGUCAGAUCAGAGAAAGGAAAGGAAUUUUGUUAAUUGACCAACUAAUCGCGAACGACCCGGCCACUUCUGGUGUUGUGUUUCAGUACGCGGCCAACAACGAACUAUUCAAACGUCAGUUUGCAAUCGCGAUGGUGAAGAUGGGAGCCGUUGACGUGCUUACCGGUACAGCUGAAACUAUCGUUCGGAAUCUCGUGAGCGAUGAGUUCGAGAGUGACCCUACGAUUACAGCCGCUUUGCUUCGGAUGAAUUUUCACGACUGUUUUGUUGGGGGCUGCGACGGUUCUAUCCUAUUAAACUCGACAGAUUCAGAAAGAUUCUUCGGUCCAAACUUGAGCGUGAGAGGCUUUGAGCUAAUCGACGAGAUCAAGACCGAGCUUGAGGCUCAGUGUCCAUCAAACGUCUCGUGCGCUGACAUAAUGGCACUUGCCACACGUGACUCUGUGGCCUUAGCCGGAGGGCCGAACUACAACAUCACCACGGGACGACGUGAUGGGUUGAAAACGAAUGCGAGCGGCGUGUUCGACUUGAUUGGACCAACCGCCUCCGUGGCUGCCUUUCUCAGUUUCUUUGGGGACAAAACGAUGACCACGUUGGAUGCAGUGGCUCUGUUGGGUGCACACACGGUUGGUGUAGGAUCUUGUGGUCUAUUCAGGGACCGGCUCACAAAUUUCAACGGAACCGGACUUCCUGACCCAUCCAUGGACUCGGAUUUGGUUGCCAAUUUAACCAGCAUAUGUGCGGCCUCAGAGAACCCAUCAACUGGACUGGACAGGUCAACACCGUUGACUUUUGAUAACGCAUUCUUUGGGCAAAUCCGAGCGAGGAGAGGAGUUUUGCAACUUGACCAGCGGCUCGCAACCGACGAAGCAACUUCUAGUGUGGUGGCUCAAUACGCAGCUGACAACGACUUAUUCAAACGCCAGUUUGCGAUUGCGAUGGUGAAAUUGGGAGCCGUUAAUGUCCUCACCGGUGAAGACGGUGAGAUCAGAACAAAUUGUUGGGAAUUCAACAAGAAUUAAAUUUCCUUUUUUCCAUAUAAUCUGAUUCUUGAUUAUUUGUUCGUGUGUGUGACUCUGAGUGUGUGUGUUUUUCCCCGAUUAUUGUCAAUAACUAUAUGUUAUGUUGGUUCAGAUUUGAAUGGGCUUGUGAUGUGUUUGAGUUGCUAUUUUAAUUGUCUUUGAAAUGAAAUAUUUGAAAUUUG